AUGGAGAAGCAGAGGGCAUGGAACAAGGGCAUGGCCACUGUCCUGGCUGCCCUGCUCUCUUCCUUCCUGCAAGCCGCCGGGGUGGGAGCCCUGCACGGUUCUCCAGUGGCAGAGAAUGGCAGCUGGGCUGCUGAGGAAGCAGAGGGCAAUGCGUCCACGGAGCACACGUUUUUCUCUCUGGAUUAUCAGCAUGUCCAAGUCCCCUUCGAAAUCACGCUGUGGAUCAUGCUUGCAUCCUUGGCCAAAAUAGCAUUUCACCUAUACAACAAGCUGCCUUCUGUGGUCCCAGAAAGCUGUUUAUUGAUAUUUGUGGGACUCAUCAUGGGGGGCAUCAUCUACGGCCUGAACGACAAGUCACCUCCUGUCAUGGACAGCGAUAUCUUCUUCCUCUACCUGCUGCCACCCAUCGUCCUUGACGCAGGGUACUUCAUGCCCAGCCGCCCUUUUUUUGAGAACAUCGGCACCAUUCUCCUCUACGCGGUGGUGGGGACAAUAUGGAACGUGUUUGGGAUCGGCUUUUCGCUCUAUGGCAUCUGCCAAGUGAGAGCUUUUGGGCUGCGGGACGUGUCACUGCUCCACAACCUGCUCUUUGGCAGCCUGAUUGCAGCGGUUGACCCCGUGGCCGUGCUGGCAGUGUUUGAGGAGAUCCACGUCAACGAGAAGCUGCACAUCCUGGUCUUUGGCGAGUCGCUCCUGAAUGACGCGGUGACCGUGGUGCUCUACAAGCUAUUUCGAUCAUUCUGUGAAAUGCCAGCCAUCAAAACGGUGGAUGUGUUCGCCGGAGUUGGAAAAUUCUUUGUGGUUGGGAUUGGGGGAGUGUUGGUAGGUCUUACCUUUGGGAUGACCUCUGCCUUUACCACGCGAUUCACCAAGGACAUCCGUGUCAUCGAGCCGCUCUUUGUCUUCCUGUACAGUUACCUUUCCUACCUCACCGCAGAGAUGUUUCACCUCUCUGGCAUUGUGGCCAUCAUUGCUUGUGCCAUGGGCAUGAAACGUUAUGUGGAGGCCAACAUCUCUCUGAAGUCUCACACCACGGUCAAAUACUUCAUGAAGAUGUGGAGCAGUGUUAGUGAUACCCUCAUCUUCAUCUUUCUUGGAGUGUCUACCAUUGGAGAAAAUCACGAGUGGAACUGGCCAUAUAUUUUCUUCACUGUCGUUUUCUGUCUGAUUUGGAGAGCACUAGGGGUUCUGGUGCUGACCUUCUUUGUGAACAGAUUUCAUGUGAACACUGUCACCAGCAAGGACCAAUUCAUCAUUGCCUACGGGGGGCUCCGUGGUGCCAUUUGCUUCUCUUUGGUCUUCUUGCUUCCUGACUUUCGCAGAAAGAAGCUCUUCAUUGCAGCAACCACUGUGGUGAUCCUCUUCACUGUGUUUGCACAGGGAAUGACCAUUCGCCCUCUUGUAGACUUGUUGCAUGUCAAGAGGAAAAGAGAGAGUGCUCCCACGGUGGGUGAGCAGAUUCACAUUCGGUUCUUGGAUCACUUGCUGGCUGGCAUAGAAGAUAUAUCUGGACACUGGGGACAGUAUUACUGGAAAGACAAGUUGGAGUAUUUCAACAGCAAAUAUCUGCAGAAGUACCUGCUCCGAGAAUACGACCAGCCCAAAUCAAGCAUUGUGCUUCUCUACGAAAAGCUGGAGCGGAAGCACGCCAUCGAGCUGGCAGAAGCAGGGCAGCUGGGCCAUGCCCCAUCCCACCCAUCCUUGCUUAACAGUGAAAGGACUGUCAUCACAGAGAGGAAAUCAGAGGAUGCUCUGUGUCCGGAUGGUCUGGAAGACAUACAGGAAAUACUGGCAAGGAACUUGUACCGAAUCCGGAGAACGGGCCCGGCGUACAGCAGGCACACGCUGCCCGGCGAGACGGAGCCUGUGGAGCAGGCCCAGGAGAUCCUGAUCCUGCAGCGCCGGAGCCUGCGGCUGGAUGCGAGUGGGAGCUAUGGGAUCAGCCCCAGGAAGGAGAAGGAGGGCUCUUCCCUGGUGCGGGGUGACUCCGAUGUGCAGCCCCGGCUGUGCCGCUCCCUCACUGUGGAGGAUGAAGAGAAGGUUCGGGCUGUGAAGCAGAACCGGUCACAGUCUGUGUGUGUGAUCCCUGCCCGCAGCAAACAGGAAGGAGCAGGGAAAGAGAUGACUUCGGAUAUGUGA